UAACCUUACGUGAGAAACAGCCGUGGCUGUGAAAAGGACACUGUUGGAUCACCACGCCAUCCAUGAAGUGGAUAUGCUCAGACUCCUGGAACACCCGAACAUAUUAUCUUUGCAAAGACCAGCUCACAGAACCCCUUAAAGAAUCGACCGCCUCUGAUCAGCGGAAAGAAUUGACGUCUGACCACCUCAUGCUUCCUCAAGAUGAGGUCUCCUCAAUCGACCUCCCAAAGGAGGGACCAAGGACCCGCUCAAGGUCACGUUAUUCAUAACUAUAUAUAUGGAAUAUGGAAUACUUGUUUCAUUUAGAACUAAGAAAUGUCGGGACCUGGGUUGACAAUUCCCAAGUUUUGUUCCUUUUUGAACCACUUAACUUCAUAUUUAUUUGUCAAUUCUGAAUUUUUCCUCUUUUUAGUUUUCAAGGAAGUAUCAUCAAAUUUGGGAUUCAACUACAAUGCAAAAAUGGAGACGGUAAAUUUCAAAUAUGGGGAUGUCAAGGGCAACUUCUUUCAUUCAAAUAAAGCACUGAUAAGCAUAGCCAUAAAUUACACCACCAUAAGAGACAUAAUCACAACGUUGGCAGAAGUGGCUAUAUACAUAAAAUGGGAUUUCACAAACACAACCGGAAAAGACUCCUCAAAAGUUAGAAGAGAAAUAAGAGAGAAAAUACGAAAUAAGCCGUGGGAAAUAAUAUCAGCGUCAAAAGAAGAUUUUCAAUCUUCUGAUUGGAGAAACACUGAAGAGAAAGCUUGCGGUUGCUUGAUAGUUAGAGAGAACACUGAAUACUGUCCCACUGGGUCUGUCAAGAUGGCCAUUAACAGAAACUUGAACUUGAUAUUGGAGGGCACACAACAAGAGAUAGAAGUGUCAGUAAGAAGUGAAGAUCUUAAGUGCUAA